UUUGAUUUGGGUUUCAUCAUUCUUAAUCUGGGUUUUAGUUUAAACUUCGAAUUAAGGACUUGAUUAGCUGAUUUGGGUUUGAUUUUGUGUUAUUUGAUUUCAAAGUUCUCAGCUUUUAGUUUCUCUGAUCCUAAUUUAUCAACCCUUCACUUUUUCUGUAAUUUGAUUUGAAGUAAUGCGUAAAGUUAUCAAAUUUUCUAUCAAAAGGUCUGAUUUUUAUGUUGACUUUGUGAUGACGGUUUAUGUUAAACCCAUUUAGCUUUGGAUCCUAGAAAUUGUCUUUAUGAUUGUAAAUUUUUAGUUUUUUAGUGAAUUUUGAUUCUGAGUUUCUUCUAUAGGUAAUUGAAGGAUUCUCAUUAUUGUGUACUUUGAGUUUUUCAAUAUUGAUGGCUCUUUUUUCUUACACGUCUCUUUGUUUUCAUCAAAAGCCAUGAUUAACUUUGCCAAAGUGGACGUAAAUUUCAUUCUCUGAGUACUGAUUCCAUAUCUUAUGUAAUGUCCUUUCACUAUCCACAUGUAGAUUCUCUCCAUGUUUGAUUUCUCUUGCUUCAAAGCUGAAACAGGUUUAGAGUAGAGUUUGUGAUCUAAAGCAAAACAAAAAAGUGAGGAAUAUUCUUGAGAGAUUGUUUUUUGACUGUGGAAAAAGAUAGUAUCGAAAUUAGUGGAGGAAUUGAUUCAAUGGUUCAUCUCCUUUGCAUAGAGUUAUAUUCUGUAUAUUAACUUUCCGAAUCUCUUCAUACUACUGUAGAAGAGAGAUACCGCAAGUUGCCUAACUCUUUUUGGGUUUCAUCAGGUCAGGAACUGAUGAAUAACCCUGUACCCUGUCAGUCUGUCUCUGGUGGAAAUUCUGGUGGGUAUUUGUUUCCUUCUCCCUCUGGAUUCUGCAAUGUUUCAGCUGUCUCGCCUCAUGGAAGGAAUUUGCAAAACCAGCCACCUGUUUCCAUCGUUCCAAGAGAAAGAUUGGCUAUGCAGGAUUGCCCUUUGGAAGCUCAGCCCCCCUUGUUGAUUAAUCAUCACCAUCAAGAGUUCACAGAUCCGCUUCCGGAGUUCUUUGAUUUCUCUGAUCAUGUUCCUGUUCAGAAUGUACAAGCAGAGAGCAGCGGAGUAAGGGUGGACUCAUCCGUGGAACUCCAUAAGAAAAGCGAAUGGCAAGAGUGGGCAGAUCAGUUGAUUUCUGUUGAUGAUGGUUCAGAGCCAAAUUGGUCUGAACUUCUUGGAGAUUCAAGUUCCCACAAUCCAAAUUCAGAGAUACCUACACCAUUUUUGGAUGUUCGAAGGCAAGAGAUAAAAGCCAACCAGCAGCAACAGGUGGUUUCAUCAGAGGACCAGCUCAGUGGCAAAAACUCAUCAUCUAGUGUAGCAACAUCUAAACAACGCAUGCGUUGGACACCAGAACUUCACGAGGCAUUCGUUGAAGCUGUUAAUCAGCUCGGUGGUAGUGAACGAGCCACACCUAAAGCUGUUUUGAAGCUCUUGAAUAUCCCUGGCUUGACCAUUUAUCAUGUAAAAAGCCAUUUGCAGAAAUACAGAACGGCAAGAUAUAAACCGGAUACUUCGGAAGUUACAGGAGAACCUCAAGAGAAGAAUAUGACAUCUAUUGAAGAUAUCAAAUCUCUUGACAUGAAAACGAGCGUUGAAAUCACACAAGCUCUACGAUUACAGAUGGAAGUGCAGAAACGUCUCCAUGAGCAGCUCGAGAUUCAACGGUCACUGCAGUUACAGAUUGAAAAACAGGGCCGAUACCUACAGAUGAUGUUCGAGAAACAACAAAAGAUACAAGAGAACAAGAGCUCUUCCCCAGAAGCAUCACCAAAGCAAUGCAACGGUACAUCAGCAGAAGUCGAAGUUGAUCUUGAGACACGAACAGGGGCCCACAAUGAACCUGCUUCAGCAUCAAGGAAACGUGUCAGAGAAGAUUAAAAGAAGUUUAAUUUGAUCUCGUUGGCGAAACAUGUUUAUUGGGAAUUAAUUGUGGAAACCCAGAGAUGCAACAACUCCAGUUUUGUUAAAAGAAUCUGUUUCUUUCCUAGCUUUGUGUUUAGUUCAGUUUAGAAACAGUUGCUUUGAAGGCCCUGCAACACUAACUAAAGACCAAGUACUGAAGAUGAUUGUGUUUUCGUGUACAUAAAACUUUGUAUUUGAUUUGGCCCUGCAAGGCUGCAAACACUAACUAAAGACCCAAUUGGUGUAUAUAUGAUUGAUAAAUUGAUUUUGAAAA